CCCAUCUCUUUCUCCUCCAGGGUGUCUGGGGCGGCGGCCAUGGCGGGCAGCAGUGGGGACAGCGUCACCCGCCGGAGCGUGGCGUCACAGUUUUUCACGCAAGAGGAGGGGCUCGGUAUCGAUGUCAUGACCACUUCAGAGAGAGUGGUCGAUCUCCUGAACCAGGCAGCACUGGUCACCAGUGAGUCCAAGAUCACGCUGCUCAAGCAGGUCCAGGAACUGAUCAUCAACAAAGACCCCACCCUCCUGGACAACUUCCUGGAUGAGAUCAUCGCUUUCCAAGUCGAUAAGUCGAUUGAAGUGCGCAAAUUUGUCAUCGGCUUCAUCGAGGAGGCCUGCAAGCGAGACAUCGAGCUGUUGCUGAAACUGGUCGCGAACCUCAACAUGCUCCUGCGGGACGAGAACGUGAACGUGGUGAAGCGGGCCAUCCUCACCAUGACCCAGCUCUACAAGGUGGCCCUGCAGUGGAUGGUGAAGUCGCGGGUCAUCAGCGAGCUCCAGGAGGCCUGCUGGGACAUGAUGUCCGCCAUGGCUGGGGACAUCAUUGUGCUGUUGGACUCCGACAACGAUGGUGUCCGUACCCACGCCAUCAAGUUUGUGGAGGCCUUCAUUGUCACCCUGUCGCCCCGCAUGGCUGACUCGGAGAUACCCCGACGCCACGAGCAGGACAUCAGCCUGGACCGCGUGCCCCGGGACCACCCCUACAUCCAAUACAACGUGCUGUGGGAGGAGGGGAAGGCAGCCUUGGAGCAGCUCCUCAAGUUCAUGGUGCACCCCGCCAUCUCCUCCAUCAACCUGACUACAGCGCUGGGCUCCCUCGCCAGUAUCGCCCGCCAGAGGCCGAUAUUCAUGUCCGAGGUGAUUCAGGCCUAUGAAACCCUGCAUGCCAACCUGCCCCCCACGCUGGCCAAGUCUCAGGUGAGCAGCGUUCGCAAGAACCUCAAGUUGCACCUGCUGAGUGUGCUGAAGCACCCAGCCUCCUUGGAGUUCCAGGCCCAGAUCACCACCCUGCUGGUGGACCUGGGCACGCCUCAGGCCGAGAUCACCCGCAACAUGCCCAGCAGCAAGGAUGCCCGAAAGCGGCCUCGAGAUGACUCGGAUUCCUCGCUCAAGAAGAUGAAGCUGGAGCCCAACCUGGGGGAGGACGACGAGGACAAGGAUCUAGAACCGGGCCCAUCGGGGACCUCGAAGGUCUCAGCCCAGAUCUCGGGCCAGUCAGACACAGACAUCACAGCCGAAUUCCUGCAGCCUCUGCUGACACCCGAGAAUGUGGCCAACCUGGUCCUCAUCAGCAUGGUGUACCUGCCUGAGGUCAUGCCUGCCUCCUUUCAAGCCAUCUACACCCCAGUGGAGUCGGCAGGCACCGAAGCCCAGAUCAAGCACCUGGCUCGGCUCAUGGCCACACAGAUGACAGCCGCAGGCCUGGGGCCAGGUGAGUGUCACACGGAGCCGACUCCGACCAGGGACUGGCCCUGUGCCUGCUGGUUCCUCCUACUGGAAGGGCCCUUCCUCGUGGUGGAACAGAUGAAGGUCACAGGGGCGUCAGGCAGGCAGCGUGCGGUGUCUCCGUGGCCUGGAGACACGGCUGGGCCCGAGCUCCGGAAAGGAGGUUCUGAGUCUCUGUCCCUGUCGUCUCUCCCACGUAGGCUGGCGGGUGCCGGGGGGCGCAAGAAGAUCUUCCGUCUGAGUGACGUCCUGAAGCCCCUGACGGACGCCCAGGUCGAGGCCAUGAAGCUGGGCGCUGUGAAGCGGAUCCUGCGGGCUGAGAAGGCCGUGGCCUGCAGCGGGGCGGCCCAGGUGCGCAUAAAGAUCCUGGCCAGCCUCGUGACGCAGUUCGAUGCGGGCCUGAAGGCCGAGGUCCUGUCCUUCAUCCUGGAGGACGUGCGGGCCCGGCUGGACCUGGCCUUCGCCUGGCUCUACCAGGAGUACAACGCCUACCUCGCCGCCGGGACCUCGGGCUCCCUGGACAAGUACGAGGACUGCCUCAUCCGCCUGCUCUCCGGCCUGCAGGAGAAGCCAGACCAGAAGGACGGGAUCUUCACCAAGGUUGUGCUGGAGGCGCCACUGAUCACGGAGAGUGCCCUGGAGGUGAUUCGCAAGUACUGCGAGGAUGAGAGUCGCACCUACCUGGGCAUGUCCACCCUCCGGGACCUGAUCUUCAAGCGCCCGUCCCGCCAGUUCCAGUACCUGCACGUCCUGCUGGACCUCAGCUCCCAUGAGAAGGACAAGGUGCGCUCCCAGGCCCUGCUGUUCAUCAAGCGCAUGUACGAGAAGGAGCAGCUGCGAGAGUAUGUGGAGAAGUUUGCCCUCAACUACCUGCAGCUCCUGGUCCACCCCAACCCGCCGUCCGUGCUGUUUGGAGCCGACAAGGACACAGAGGUGGCAGCGCCCUGGACUGACGACACAGUGAAGCAGUGUCUGUACCUCUACCUGGCCCUCCUACCUCAGAACCACAAGCUGAUCCACGAACUGGCCGCUGUGUACACUGAGGCCAUCGCCGACAUCAAGCGGACGGUGCUGAGGGUCAUCGAGCAGCCGAUCCGAGGAAUGGGCAUGAACUCGCCGGAGCUGCUGCUCCUGGUGGAAAACUGCCCCAAGGGCGCAGAGACUCUGGUCACGAGAUGCCUGCACAGCCUCACGGACAAAGUCCCGCCCUCCCCGGAGCUGGUGAAGCGUGUCCGGGAUCUCUACCACAAGCGGCUGCCCGAUGUCCGCUUCCUCAUCCCCGUGCUCAACGGGCUGGAGAAGAAAGAAGUGAUCCAGGCCCUGCCGAAGCUCAUCAAACUCAACCCCAUCGUGGUGAAGGAGGUCUUCAACCGCCUGCUGGGCACCCAGCACGGUGAAGGGAACUCGGCCUUGUCCCCGCUGAACCCUGGAGAGCUGCUGAUCGCCUUACACAACAUCGACUCGGCAAAGUGCGACAUGAAGUCCAUCAUCAAAGCCACCAACCUGUGCUUUGCGGAGCGGAACGUGUACACGUCGGAGGUGCUGGCCGUGGUGAUGCAGCAGCUGAUGGAGCAGAGUCCCCUGCCCAUGCUGCUCAUGCGGACCGUCAUCCAGUCCCUGACCAUGUACCCCCGCCUGGGGGGCUUCGUCAUGAACAUCCUGUCCCGCCUCAUCAUGAAGCAGGUGUGGAAGUACCCCAAAGUGUGGGAGGGCUUCAUCAAAUGCUGUCAGCGCACCAAGCCCCAGAGCUUCCAGGUCAUCCUGCAGCUGCCGCCCCAGCAGCUGGGCGCCGUGUUUGACAAGUGCCCCGAGCUCCGGGAGCCCCUGCUGGCGCAUGUCCGCUCCUUCACCCCCCACCAGCAAGCACACAUCCCCAACUCCAUCAUGGCCAUCCUGGAGGCCAGUGGCAAACAGGAGCCGGAGGCCAAGGAGACUCCUGCAGGGCCCCUGGAGGAGGUGAGGACCAGGUAUGAGCACCUGGUGAACAUGCUGACCAAAAUCCUGAACCAGCGCCCAUGGUUCCACCCCAAGCUGGACUCGCUGCGGGAUGACCCCGAGAUGCAGCCCACCUACGAGAUGGCCGAGAGGCAGAAGUCGCUGUUUGUCCGGGGCGGCGGCAGUGCUGAGGGCGAGCAGGAGAUGGAGGAGGAGGUGGUAGACACGGCCGUGCCCAACGUCAUGGAGUCGGCCUUCUACUUCGAACAGGGUGGCGUGGGCCUGAGUUCCGACGAGAGCUUCCGCCUCUUCCUGGCCCUGAAGCAGCUGGUGGAGCAGCAGCCCAUCCACACCUGCCGCUUCUGGGGCAAAGUCCUGGGGCUCAAGCGCAGCUACCUGGUGGCCGAGGUGGAGUUCCGGGAGGGCGAGGAGGAGGUGGAGGAGGAGGAGGUGGAGGAGCUGACCGAGGGCGGCGAGGUCAUGAUGGACACCCACGGCGAGGAGGAGGGCGAGGAGGACGAGGACAAGGUCGCCGAUGUCAUCCCCAAGCCGCUCUGGAAGCCGCCGCCUGUCAUCCCCAGGGAGGAGAGCCGCUCGGGCACCAACAAGUACCUGUACUUCGUGUGCAAUGAGCCCGGCCGGCCGUGGACCAGGCUGCCGCACGUCACGCCCAGCCAGAUCGUGCAGGCCCGCAAGAUCAAGAAGUUCUUCACCGGCUACCUGGACGCACCUGUCAUCAGCUACCCGCCCUUCCCGGGCAACGAGGCCAACUACCUGCGGGCCCAGAUCGCCCGCAUCUCGGCGGCCACGCACAUCAGCCCCCUGGGCUUCUACCAGUUCAACGAGGAGGAGGGUGACGAGGAGGAGGAGGGCGGCGCCGGGCGCGACUCCUUCGAGGAGAACCCGGACUUUGAGGGCAUCCCCGUGUUUGAGCUGGUGGACUCCAUGGCCAACUGGGUGCACCACAUGCAGCACAUCCUUCCGCAGGGCCGCUGCACUUGGGUGAACCCUUUGCAGAAGAAAGAGGAGGAGGAGGAGCUGGGGGAGGAGGAAGAGAAGGCCGAUGAGGGGAUGGAAGAGGCGGAGCAGGAAAUCGGGCCCCCUUUGCUGACGCCACUCUCAGAAGAUGCAGAGAUCAUGCACAUGCCACCCUGGACCGCCCGCCUGUCCUGCGCCCUCUCCCCGCAGUACUCCGUGGCGAUCGUGCGCUCCAACCUCUGGCCCGGGGCCAGUGCCUUCGCCGUCGGCAAGUAG